AUGACCAGGCCGCCGUUCUCAUUGGACGGGACUUUCAGGUGCGGUGAUGCUGUCCGGCGGCUCCUCGCCCGCUGCCCCAGGCUUGCCUCCCACCAGGUAAUCGCCACCCUCGCCACGGAGGUGGACGAUUUAGAACUCAAUGGGGAUUGCGACGUGGCGGACCGGGUGGCAUCCGCACUGGCGGAGCCUUUGCUUCAUCCGAGCUAUACAAUACCGGUCGUCGGCUGCUUCCGCCCGUUGUCUAGAAAAAUAUUGGACAGGGCGGUGGACCAGCUUCAAUCUCACUGGAGGAGACUAGUGUCUAACUGGGAUUGUGGCGGCGGAGACGUGGAGGAGGUUGGAGAGGGGGAUGUUGAAAUUAUCGGUUUUUAUGUGACAAGGCGUCGCGGCAUCAGGGUGCAUGAACUUGCGUGCCUUGCCUUUUGUCGGGUGUUGGAUUUACAGCCUCUUCUGUUGACGUGGGUCACCCUUCUCCUCCUCGGUCCAUCUUCGUCAAUUGCUUAUCGUAUUUGUCUACUCCUUUAUAUGAUGAUAAAGCUCUUAAGACUCCCUUCUUUUUUUUUUUUUUUUGAACGAUCUUAUGUGUGCUAUGUUGCUCCCGGGUCAUGCUGUUUCUCAUCGAAAGGCAGCGGGUUAAAGUUAUUCCUUUUUGCUUGCAUUAUUACGGUGAGAAUGAAUUUAGUCAUUUGGUUCUGGCUGCGCGUAUGCGGCAGGUUGAGUGCCUGUUUCGUGUCUUUGGUUUUAAUUCGGAUCUUCCUGGCAUUGGAAGUUGGGGUUUCGCGUAUUCCACGUAUAACUGGAAGCUUGUAGUUAUCUGUUGAUUAACUGGCAUUAUUAAAAAUAUAAAAUCAUUUCAUGGAUUAACUGUCUGUCAUUCUUUUUACUUUUGUUAUAAGAUUUUGCGGUUAACUUUUUUUUCGUUUUCUUGCUUUCAUCAUGGUUGCUCAUCUCAUUUUGAUGUUUUGAUGUAUCACAAAAAAUACUCUUUUCUAACUGUAAUAUGGCAUCGCCUAAUCAUUAAACUAUGUACGUGCGCCAUUCAUCUCAUGUUAAUGUCUUGUUGCUACUGACAUCUGAGUGCUAUUAUCAGACAGAAGAUACUAUUUUCCAACUAUGUUAUGAUCCAAUCUGUUUAAGCCAUGAUAAACAGCUGAAUCACGUAAAACACUCCUGUUGCUCUGUGCAGAUCUGUUUUAAAAUAUUUUGGAUUUUCGCACCCUCCUUUCGAGAGACUUCGAACAGCUGCUUCUGUUUUACUGCUAAUGGAAAAGGUAUUUAUCUUUAAUUUAUUAUUCUUUCUCGUACCAUUGUAAUAUAUUGUUCUUCUUGAUGUUACCUGUGUGGAACAUGGUCAUAUACUGGUUGUGGUCACUGCUUGACAGCUAAUGAAAUCCAAAACACAAGUUUAUGUUCUAUUAAACCUGUGUUAAUGUUGAGCACACAAUAUGAUUUAAACCACUCAUUGGUUGGCCCUUGAUGUUCUGUAUUUGGUUCAAUAUCCUAGACGUAUGCUUGAACCUCCCUGGGUCCUAGACCCCCUUAGCAAUGACCAUUUCAAGACCUCGUCCAUCAAGCAAGAUUCUUUCCCUUUUCCUUCGUAAUGAAGCCCGCUUUUCGUAUUAAAUUCCUACAUAAGAAGGAAAGUGAUGAUGGACUAGUUCAUAUUUCACUCUUCCAUAUUAAUACCUCAGGAUAAGUAAGGAAGAGAGGUAGUCAAACUCUGGGAUGAUUGGUUGACACAAAAAACAUAGGGAACAGAAUGAUUGGUCAUCAAACUCUGUGUGAUGUUGCAAAUCAGUAAAAAUUAAACAAUCUUGCUAUCCUAGGUCUUGUUUUGCUCCUUAGAAACAUUUGAGGCGAACGUUUUACCAACAUUGGUUUUAUUAACGUUGUUUUCAUCUGCAUGAUUUGUGGGAGAGUUCAUUCUGAUACAACAUCGGUUUACAGUUUUACUGCUCAAUGAAUCUAGUUAGAACUUCAUAUGAAGUAUAUAGGUACACAUGGCACCAAAACACAAAAAAAUGUGCAUGGGUAUUUAAAAUAAGUUAAUAUCAAAUAACUUAUUUAUUUUAUUGCUUAAGCCUAUAUUAAACCGACACAUUUAAAGUAUUGAAUAUGAUAUGUAAUAACCUCUUAAUCGUUCAACAUUGGUACAACAUGAUUUGGAUAUGUUAAUGGAGCGUCAUUCUGAUGUCGUUUUCGCCAAGUGUGAUGUUUGUGGAGUGUAAUGAGCUCCUCAGACUUGGUCGUUCAUUUUCAAGCAACCUUUAGCAUUUCAGGUUGUCCUGUUGACGACUUUUUUGACUGUAAUAUUUAAAAUGAUACACACAUAAAUAUUCAUACUUAUACGCCGUCUGUGUGGAUAAUUUUUACUAUCGUAAUAUUUUUCCGUUAUUAUUUAUCUGAUUUAUCUAUUUCAUUACCGAAUAAUAAAUUUUAAAUUUAUUUACAUAAAAAUAGAAUAAUAUUUACCUGAUUGGUUCUGCAUGUUUUAUGUGUUUACAUAUCUUAUUGUUUGUAAAAUAUCUGUACUUAUUCUGUUAUUUAUAUUAGCUCCUAGAAAUUUGUCACUAGGUCGCCUUAACUUGUGAAGCAGUUGACUAAUUCCUUAGUUUCUUUGGUUGCCUUAAUAACCAUAGGGCCGCUUUGAUAACCAGUUAGUUUAACUAGGUUAACCUAGUCUCAUCUUUAUAUUCUAGUGUAUCUGACAUUUAGUGUGAUAAGACUCUUUCUGUGUCCAAGGUUAACCUUGAUUAAAUUAGUUUUCAGUAAAGCGACGUAACUGCUGGGCCCCAUCAUUCUACUUUUUUGGUCGAACAAAGUAAGCAACUUUAUCCAAGUUUAUACCUAACUGGGCCCUGCGUGACUUUUUCAGCCAUCCGAGGUUAUCAAACUAGGAUGUCUGGUUUAUAUUAGACGAACUCUGGUAUCCCAGCCUCUUCAAGUUUUGGCUAUAUGUCAGACUGUUAUGUGAAAGUCUCGUUAAGAUAUUUACUCUCAUGGGAGAUGGAACACCCCAAACCAUGAGAACUAGAUGUUGUCUGAUUCCUUCAUCGACUACAAUAGGCUUGGGUGACCUUGGAGUUUACCAAGAUAAUUCUGUAACUCCUUCUCAUCCUACACUUUUUUGAUAUUUGCAUUAGUGGAUCUUCCCAUAAAAAUGCUACAUUACUAUUGAAGUUUUCACAAGUGAAACAAAUUAGCUCCAGACAGUUGGUGUUAUCUGGCAUAUUCUGAACAAAUUUAUCUCUUGGAGGUUUCAUAUUCACCGUUCAGUUACAGAGUCGGUCUCUUUCUCGAUUUUUUUCAUCAUUGUGAUUUUUAAGUACAUGGUCAUUUUCCAUGCUAUUGAAUCUAGCUUUUCAAAUGUUUUGGCCUAUGCUGGCUUCUACUUUGUGCCUUUUGCGUCCUUUCGUUACUAAUUUGAACAGCUGAGCUAAUGAUUUCAUUUCGAAUUGUCUGUGUCUGAGGCUAACGAACUUUUCAUGUGGUUUUGCAAAUGAUCUUCUUGAUUUCAGGAUUGCCACCAGUUACUUGAUUCAGUUCGUAUCUCCUUACGGUUACUUCUGCUGAAUCCUGACAUAAUUUCCAAGAUUUGGAAUUGGUAUUGUUUCUGGGAUCUAGUGCAGAUUUCUGCAAAUGCUCAUAUAGGUGCCCCAUCGCCGUUGAUGAGCAAUAUAGUAGACUUACGAUGGUGUGCAAUAAUUAUAGUAUCUAUUACACUUCAAAUGAGUGAUAGGGCAACGACGAAUUUCGGUAUAUCAGCUGCUGACGCGUUUCUAUGCACUAUCCGGUGGGUUUUGCCAUCAGCUUACUCAAAAUUUGCAUUUCAUCUAUCAAUUCAUGCAAGUUUUGAAUUUUUUAAUGAAAUUUCAUUUUAUCUUGUGCAGCUGGGAUGAAUUUUGCCUGGACACGUCUUUGGAGAAGGCCAGCUUUUACUUCCAAACAGAUGAAGCAAGAACCGAAAGGUUUUGUGAUGGAAUUCUUGGUUCCAAUCUGUCUCUCGAGUCUAUUGUUGGUGGUGGAGCCUUCAUUAGCCCCCCUCCAAGCUAUCAUGGUUUUAUGCUGACUGGGUGUCAGUCAAAGAAGAGAGCCUCGCAGUACACUCCCUUACGUUGUCUAUAUUCAUGAUUCCAUGUAACUUCCAUUGUUUAGAUAAACAGUCACUUAUAUCGACUUUGAUUUUAUGUUAUCCAGUGGUGGGAGAUUGGAGAGGCCAUUUGUGCUAACCUCUGCAGUGAAGAAAGGUGUUGAAAUGGUUUUAAUGGCUCUUGGUCAAAAUUGUCCGGUUCUUCUUCAUGGUCCUGCAGGAUCUGGAAAGACAGGAUUGAUCAGAAAGCUGGCAGAAAUAAAUCAAAACCAAGGUACACUGUUACAGAACUAUGAAUUCCAAAUAUAUAAUAAUUAGCAUUAUUGCCUCCAGGUUAAGAUGCGCAUGAAGGAAAUCGAUUUUCUCAUUAAAAAUGUCGAUACUUUUGGAACACUAUACUAGCAUGAACUUAUUUGUGUACAUGCUGAAUCCAAUGAAUCAACAGUUCCGAUAGUCAAUUUAUCGCAUAUCUAGAAAUGAAAAUAAAAGCCGUCAGUUGUUUAGUACUGUCUGGAAGUAUUUGUAAUAAUGGUGAAAUUUUGUACAACAUUACAUGACUGUGUGAGAUGGUGUGCGAAUCUGAAAUUACCACUAAGACUUCCAUAACUUGUUCUCCAUUACAACUUCCACAACCUGCCAAAAUUCCCUAUUAUGGCUCUCUACGUUUUUGCAAUGACACUAUAUUGGAGAUAAUACAAGAAUUGUUGCUAAGAUUUGAUGGUAAGUGUUGAAUUCUAUUGUGUGGGAAGCCUCUUGUUGGCCAUUUUUCAUCGAUGACAGUAUUCCAAUAGACAACACUGUUUUGGGGUUGACUCACCUGUUCUCUUCUAUAUCCAGCUUGGCCUUCAGCUCUUUCAUCUUUCAUGCAAGAUUCUUGAUUGGAGGUGUUCAAUCUCCCUCCUGUCCUUCCAUCUGAUAAAGGAUGAUCUUGUUAUAAACUUUAGAUUCUAAUGUUCAUUUUUCUUGAUAUUAAGUAUGAAACUCCAAUGUACUGUAUAUUUUACAUCUCAACAACUUGGUUUCGAUACAUCACAGAUGAUUUAAAAUGAGUCUUCUUUGCCCUGUUGUAUCAUCUGCUUAUUGAGGAUUCUGAGAGAAAAAUCCUUUCAACUGAUUGCCCUCAGUGUGAACCAAAGAAGAAUAGUUCCUAUUUCCCACAGAGCGACUGAAAUAUCCAUCUCGUUUGCUACUAAUCAGGGUAGAAAUCUAUUGCAGAAAUGGAGAUCAUUACGCAUUUCUUUCGUUGUUGUUUGAAUCCUAUCAAAAGAAAAACCCUAUUUAUUUAUAUAAUCCUUUCACCCAGGUGCCGGGAUUCUCAUAUCAGGCUUAACCAUUGCAAAAUUGUUCCUUGCAUUUUUUUUCCAUGACUAACUGCCAAACUAUUAAGAUUAUAUCAGAUUUAUUGAUGGCGAAUCACCUGAUUGUUGGAGUGUUGAUGCUGAACCGCUCCAAUCUUCAGAGCUGUUUGUUGAAUUAUCUGUAUCAGAUUUCUAAAGAGUGGUCAGUUUGGGAGGGGGUUGGUCAGGUCGUGGUUCACCAUCAUUUUCUGACCACACGUUUUUUGUUUUUUGUUUAGUUUGGAAUUUUGGGAAGCACGAAAUUUGUAAUUGUUUGUGAACGGUUUAAGGAAUACGAAUGUGAUCUCUGAUUUAAAAAAUAUUUGAAUUCUAAUUCAGUUUGUUGCCCACCAACUAAUUGAUGUAGAUCUCGUGGCUGGACAAAUAAGAUUAUAUCAAAAAAUUUCACAUUGUGGACUAGGUUAUUGUCUCCAUAAUACUAUCCAUAUUUUGGUGAAAGAACUGUUGUGUUGAAUUCCGGUUAGCAGUCAGUCCAAAUGUUAUGAAGCUGAUCAUGCCCUUGCUGAUGUUUACCUUAAUUACUAAGAAGGCCAUGAACACCAUGCAUAUUUUAAUCUCCUUCCUCUGCUUAUCAGUAAUAAAUGCAUUCACUCAUUGUGUAUUGAUCUUGUAAUGUUUCGUUUCAGUUUUGUUCAUACACAUGGAUGAUCAAAUGGAUUGUAAAAUGCUGGUUGGGAGUUAUGUCUGUUCAGAACAACCUGGUGAAUUCCGGUGGCAACCUGGCUCCCUGACCCAGGUAUGCUUUAUGAUUUUAGAGGAUAUUUUAGUAACUUUGAUCGGUCUCCUUCCAUUAUUAAUAAUUUUAUCUUAUCUGACAGGCUGUCCUGAAUGGAUUCUGGGUAUUGUUUGAAGACAUAGAUAAAUCGCCAGCUGAGGUGCAAUCCAUUUUAUUGCCUCUGUUGGAAGGUGCACGGUCAUUUGUGACAGUACAUGGGGAGGUAUUUACCUUCAUCUGUGUGUGGGGGUGCGUAGAUGUGCAUGCAUGCGAGUAUGACUGUCUCUAUUUGUUCAAUCCUCCACGUGGCUGUUUUAUUAUAUACUAUGAUGCUUGUAGAUAUAAUGCUACUUGCAACAUCUUGUAACAUAUUAUGCUCUCAAGGCAUUGUGUUGUUGUGCCCAUGCAUUUCUUAUUUUGAUGUCUCUCUCCCCCCUUUCCCUCUCUCUCUCUCUCUCUCUCUCUCUCUCUCUCUCUAUCAUGUGGAGUGUUUUUUAUGAGAAAACGAUAUAUCUGCGACUUCUUUAUAUAUAAUAAAUUGCAUAUUUUUUACUUGAUAUCAAACUUUUGCAGGCUGUCAAUGUGGCUGAAAGCUUUCGGUUAUUUGCCACUAUUUCCGGUUCAAAGCCUAGUUUAAAUGCUGAAGGUUCUCCUCUUACUCUCUUUCUUGAAACUCGUUGACUGCAGGUUCAUUCUGAGAUUUAUGUUUUGAUGGUACCUUAAGAUUUUUUUUUACGAGUCUUGUUGUUAUUUAAUUGAAUGUUUCAUAUAGCAUAUUAAUUGAUUCUAUUCCACUGUCAAGUUUUUGCUUUUACUUGUAUCUGAGAUGAGAUUUAGAUCUUAGGGUUCAAAUAAUUUUUAAGAUACCAAUAUUAUUCUUUCGAUAAUGCCAUUAAUUAUUACUGGCAGUGCUACCUGGCGUAAUUCCUAAUCGGCUAAAUAGGUCACUCAAGUUUCGGCAUGCGCAUGUUGCUAAUCAUCUAGAGCUCGUAUGUUAUUUUUUGAAGAUGGGAGACACUUUUGCUCUUGUUCAGUUGACAGUUUUAUCCUAAUUUAUUGGUUGGUCCAUCCAUUUUGUGGAAAAUGCUUUCAGCUAAUUCUUGCACAGUAUCUUGUUAAUCCCAUUGCUGUAAAUGUGUCUUUGCACAGUCUCCAUUUUAAUAUGCUCAUACCUUUGACUUGUUAUGGAAAUUACCAUUGCAGCGUUAUACAAAUAUUGAUGUCCAGAUUUUUUUUUGUUGACGUGGACUUUUUUUUUAUUGUAUACCAGGUGGAGGGUCUUUUAGUAGAUUAUGGAGAAAAGUUAUGCUUGGGGCACCAAGCAAUGAAGAUUUGGCGAGGAUAAUGCAUGCAUGGUAUCCAAGUCUGGAUUCUAUAUCCAUAAAACUUACAGGUAUGCUAUGGUAGAUGAUGUUGUGGACCAAAUGUAUUUCGAUGAAACAUCAUUUAUGGACUUGUCAUAUCUUGUAGGUACACUAGAGAGUGUAAAUUAUCUUACUUCUGUGCACUACAGAGCACCACAGCUUGGAGUUUUAUCCACUGGAGUGACAGGCAAAUUCUCUACAAGGUGAUAAUAUGCUCAAUUUUACUACCUAUAUUGUUUUUCUCAGCCUUCCGAGCUUACUCUCCUUUUCCUUUGUUAAUAGGCAUCUUCUGAAGUGGUGCAAGAGAAUAAUUGACUUGGGCAUUAAUUUCUCUUGUCCUCUGUCAAUGUCUUACUGCAAAAAGAUUUACCAAGAGGUCCAGUUUUUUUUUCUGGCUAUUAUUUUUUCUGUUCUGCUAUCUUCAUUUCGUAUGUCAUAGCUUUCAUUGUUUUUCUUCAGGCUGUUGAUAUUUUUGCUUCCUCGCUUCCCACUGCUGGAGAACGGUUGGCCAUAAUGAGAGACAUAGCAAAUAUUUGGGGAAUAUCUCAACAUGAAAUAGAAACUCUAUGCCUGUCAAAUAAGCCUGUUAUUCAGGUUUUUGUUCCCUUGUGUUCAUUUAUUUAUUUGAUUUUCGGUUUUAAUUAUCAUUUAUGACAUUUGGAUAUGUACAGGACAUGAAUUCGUAUCUGCAAGUUGGACGUGUCACAUUGCAGCACGCUAAGCCUGGGGUAUGUACAUGUGAAUUUAUAUUCUCUUAUUGAGUUGGAGAUGUUAAAAUUGAAAUGAUUUUCCCAUGCCGUAUGUAGAGUUAUCAACCCUCGCGACCCUUUGCUAAUCUCCGUAGUUCACUACACAUCCUUGAGAAGAUAGCUUGCUCUGUCAGGCAUAAUGAGCCUGUUCUGUUAGUUGGUGAGACUGGAACAGGGAAAACUACACUCGUGCAGAAUCUAGCCAUGAGACUUGGGCAACCACUCACAGUACUGGUAUAAUGCUGUUCUAUUUCUAUUUUCGAUUAAUUUUUCUUCUGUGUAUAUAAAUUACAUGUGCCUCGUCUGACGGGAUUUUUAUGCAGAACUUAAGUCAGCAAAGUGAUCCUUCGGAUUUGUUAGGAGGCUUUAAGCCUUCUAAUACACGCUCGAUUUGUAUUCCUCUCUAUCAUGAGUUCCUAGAAUUAUUCCGUAGGACCUUUUCUGUGCAGGUAUGCCAUUAUCUUUAGUGCCUAGGUCACUUUGUUUGUCUUGUAUUUGCUCGUCUUAACUUUUCUAACUUUUUUUUUUUUCUGGACAUGAGCAGGGGAAUGAAGAACUUCUUAGACGGUGCAAAUCUUAUAGGGACAGGGAGGAUUGGAAGAAGCUGCUAAGUGCAUUUGUAAAAUGCGUCAAGUCUACUUUAGAUAUUUUUUCCAAACGUAAAGAAAAUUAUUGUGGGUCAAAAAGAAAGAGACUUGAAGAGCUUCCAAAGACUUGGGAGUGCUUCUCCUCAAAACUUGAAUCUGCUUAUAAACAGAUUAGCACUUCUCACAUGUCCUUUUCGUUUGUUGAAGGAGCUUUUAUUACAUCUGUUAAAAUGGGACACUGGAUCUUACUUGAUGAAGUGAAUCUCGCUCCUCAAGAGACUUUGCAACGAGUUAUUGGUGUACUAGAUGGCGAAAACGGUACACUUUGUCUCGUGGAGAAGGGAGAUGUUGAUUAUGUUGUUUGCCAUCCUUCCUUUCGCAUCUUUUGCUGCAUGAAUCCUGCUAAUGAUGCUGGGAAAAGGGAUUUACCUCAUUCUUUCCGUAGCAGGUUCACUGAGUACUUUGUUGAUGAUGUUCUAGAUGAUUCAGAUCUCAGAGUCUUUGUUAAUCAAUAUUUAGACGAAGCUGUCACAAGCAGAGGAAUAUUGGACAGAAUUGUCCAAUUCUAUAAGAUGGCGAAGAAAUCUGAGGAGAGCCUACAGGACGGUGCUAAUCAGAAGCCCCAGUUUAGCUUGAGAUCUCUUGCUCGUGCACUCGAGUAUGGCAAAGCAUCAGAGAGAAAAUUCGGAUUGCAGAGAGCACUUUAUGAUGGUUUUUCUAUGUUCUUUGUCACUUCAUUGGAUGGGCCCAGUGGUAAGAUUAUGAGCGAGAUGAUUAUCUCUUCCUUGCUAGCAGGAUCAAUGCCCCAUGAUGUUCCAUUUGAGGCUUAUCUGGAAACCUUUAAUCUGAGCGCUUGUGGGGUGGAUUAUGUUCUUACAUCCAGUGUAAAGGAUCACUUGAGGAAUCUUGCACGAGCUGUUUAUGCAAAAAGAUAUCCUGUUCUUUUACAGGGUCCUACGUCCAGUGGAAAGACUAGUCUUGUCCGGUUUCUUGCUUCAAUAACUGGAAACAAAUUUGUACGCAUUAAUAAUCAUGAACACACUGAUCUCCAGGAGUACUUUGGUUCAUAUAUAACCAACUCUUUUGGGAGGCUCGAGUUUCAAGAAGGCGUGUUGGUUGAAGCUGUUCGGAAGGGAUACUGGGUUGUCUUGGAUGAGCUUAAUCUUGCUCCAUCAGAUGUUCUGGAAGCGUUGAACCGCUUAUUAGAUGAUAACAGAGAACUCUUUGUUCCUGAACUUCAAGAAACAGUUGUAGCACACCCUGAUUUUAUGCUCUUUGCUACUCAGAACCCUCCAACUUUGUAUGCUGGGCGUAAAGUGCUAUCUCGAGCAUUUCGCAAUCGAUUUUUGGAGAUCCAUGUUGACGAAAUUCCAGAAAAUGAGCUUGCAGAGAUAUUGGAGAAGAGAUGUAAAAUCCCUCUGUCCUAUGCUAAGAAGAUGGUGGAAGUAAUGAAGGACCUGCAGUUGCAUCGACAAAAUAGUAAAGUAUUUUCUGGGAAGCACGGUUUCAUUACUCCAAGGGAUUUAUUUCGUUGGGCUAAUCGCUUUCAAAUGUUUGGAAAGUCUUAUAUGGAUCUGGCCUUGGAUGGCUAUCAUCUUCUUGCUGAACGGUUGCGGGAAGAAAGCGAAAAGGAUGUGGUUCAAGAUAUUUUGGAGAGACGCCUUCGUGUGAAACUAUCAAAGCAGGAUUUAUACAUUAAGGUGAUUACCUUUUCUUCAACGUCCUUGUAUCUUUUAUUUCAAGAUUAAAUGCUACUGAGUAACCUGAAAAUGAAAUAACGAAUAGCUUGUCAAUCAUACACACAUAAUAUGAGUGCCUUCUUAUUCGUACUUGUGAAUCAUACACGCCGGAAAGUUUUCUAUUCGUACCGGAAGUUGAUAUAGUAUUACACUUCGUUUUUCUUGUCAGAAUCUCUUCCAAGCUUCUAUUUGGUAUUCUGCAUUUUGUUUGUCAUUCAGUACGUUUUAGACGAUCUCAUUCUAAUGAAUCAUUUGAAAGCCUCUUUCUUUGUCUAAACUUCAUUUCAUUCUUGAUAAAGCAGGAACCAGGUACGUCUGAUUCUAUCUGUGAGACUCAAAAGCGUGCAGGACUGCAGAAGACUGGAAAGUGCGCUUUUUAACUCCUUUAAAGGGUAUUUGUUUAUGGCUUGAUAUAUAUUCUAUACAUAACGGGUCCUGGUUCUAUCUUCUCUGUCCAGGGUCAUAAUGACUCAGAGUAUGUGGAGGUUGUAUUUCCUUGUUGAGCGAUGCUACAAGUUGCGCGAGCCUGUACUUCUUGUUGGUGAAACUGGAGGUGGGAAGACAACAGUGUGUCAGUUGUUGAGUGCUGUUAUCAGAUCGAGGUUACACAUUUUGAAUUGCCAUCAGUACACUGAGGCAUCAGAUUUUAUUGGAGUGAGCUGGUGCUACCUUGUUUUUUCAGUUCCACGUUUGUUAUUUUGGCAUAUUCACUCUUGACCGCAAAAAGUAUGUUUCAGGGAUUUCAUCCGGUGCGUGAUAGAUCAAGAUUGACUACAGAGUAUCAUUCUCAAAUUGAGAAAGCAAAAGACCUAAAGUUCUUCUGUCACUAUUGUCAAGAAGUUGUAUGUUUCUAAGUCUCCACCUGUUAUCAAAUUAAACUGUUGUCAAAUUAAAUCUUUGACAACACUAUUAUUUAAUUUGUUUACAUUUUACUGCAGGAAAUAUCCUUUGACAUAGGGCAGGCUCCUUUAACAAUAAGCUGCCUAAAAGGAUGUCUAGAAAAUUUAAAAGAUUCGAUGCCACAUUGUGAUAUUUCACAAAAAGAUGUUGAUGAUUUUCAGUUAGUUAUUGAUGCCCUAGUGCAGCUUGAGCUGAAUUGGCAGGCUAUAUUUCUAUGGCAAGAUGGACCAUUGGUACAAGCUAUGAAGAACGGCGAUCUUUUCCUUGUGGAUGAGAUUUCCUUGGCAGAUGAUAGUGUCCUGGAACGUCUAAAUAGUGUUUUGGAACCAGAAAGGACAUUGGUUGGUUUUCCUUUAUGUUCUUUGAAAUUUUUAAUUAUGUCUUGAUUUGAUAGAAUCUUAUCACUGUUGUAUUUGUGUUAUUGUGGAUUAUAAUCCUCCAUUUUUUUAGGGGCACCAUGCUUAGCCUUUUUGCACUAGGAUUAAGGAUAAAAUAAAGCUUAUGCCUGCUAUCUUCUAGACAGGAAUUCUGGUUACCAAAGUUGUCCAUUUGGGAUGCAGUUCGAAGUAGUUUGCAUUAUUUAUGUAGGCUUCUGAUUUUUUAUAUUUUUGUCAUAUCUUAUUACUUGAAAUGGCAUGUUUCUUAAUCGCAGUUGUGUUAUUUUUUUUUUUAAUAUACUUCUAUAUACAUUUUUAUUUCUUGGAAUAUCCCCUGUUGCAUCAUUUACUUUACAUCGGAAAGUUAUUAUGUAUUGUGACAUAUGAGUUGACUGAAUGUCACUUGGCAAAGAAAAUAGUUCUCCUUUUUUAUUAUUAAUUAGUUUCGAUUUCUUUGUUUCUUUAUGUAGUUUUUUGCCUUAAUGUUCAGCGACAAUACUGAUAUUUCUCCCUGGUUUAAAAAAAAUUGCAGUCAUUAGCUGAGAAAGGUGGAUCUAGUCUUGAGAAGGUUAGCUAUUGUCCACCAUUUUAGUUGUUUCUACGAUUAUCAUAAUUCUGAAAAAACUAUUCCACUACCCUUUGGAUGUUGUUCUCACUUUUCCUGAACAGGUUACUGCGCAUCCAGACUUUUUCAUUUUUGCUACGAUGAAUCCUGGCGGAGAUUAUGGAAAGAAGGAGCUAUCUCCAGCUCUAAGAAAUCGUUUCACAGAAAUAUGGGUUUCAUCCGUGAGUGAGAUAGAGGAGCUGAGAUUCAUUGCUUGUGAGAGGUAUUUGACCACUCUGCACUUGUAAGGGUGGCUACAAUACCCUUAUUGAACUGUCUUUUCGCAUGAUCAUUUGAGUUUUCCUUUUUGGGACUAGGGUUUCCGUUCAAAAUUUUUGUAUUCUGAUGCAGGUUUAUCAAAUCAGAGCUCACAUGCUUUUCUGAGCCCAUGAUAAAAUUUUGGGAUGUGAGUGCCAACACUAAGCUUUUGUCAUUUUGUUUUCUUGAAAUAUUCUAUUUCAGAGUAGUUUGGUGCGAAUUCAGUGUCUCUUUGUAAGUAGCAUGCUGUUGGCCAUUGAGAAAAAGCUGAUUUUGUAUAACAUGGGUUCAGUUCCACUUAGGCACCAUGUUGGCCCGUAAGUGGCUUUUUUCUUCUAGAUUGAGCUGAUCUCGGUCUGCAUAUGGAUCUAUAAGAAGUCACUCAAUCCAGAAGCUGACGUGGAUUGUGAAGAGUUAUUUUGGAAUCUUUUGUUUCAGGGCUAUGGUGACUAGUCUUGGGAUAUUAUGUUCUUUUAGAUCAUUUGAAAUAUGGAUGUCUGUAUCCGGUUAGCUAAAUCUUGAAAUGAUGGUUGUUAAUCUGAAAUCAAGUUCAACUGAUGCAUUGUGACGAACUUUGAUUUUUGCCACUGUAGUUAAUUCCUUCUUUUUUCUUUUUUCUAGUGGUUCAACCAGCUCGAGACCGGGCGGAUACUUACAGUGAGGGACCUCAUUUCUUGGGUUACGUUUAUAAAUGAGACUGAGGAGAAUCUUGGCUCUGUUCAAGCCUUUCUUCAUGGGGCUUUCCUCAUUGUACUUGAUGGUGUAGGCCUAGGUAUUUCGUUAACUGUCUCUAGAAUUAUCCUGUUUCUCAUAGAAUAACCAGUUUGUGCUUUUGCAUCUAUUAUAAAUGCUUAUGUUAUGCCAUAGUCUGUAGUCAAUCCUUAUUCUUCACUAUGUUUCAUGAUCUCCGCAGAUUAUUUUGUAUGAAACAAUAUCAGAAAAAUGCUCUUAAAAACCGAGGAAAAGCAGCGUCAAUCUAUAUUGCUUGCAAUCUAGCUCUAAACAUAACAUGAAAAAGAAUAAGAGGUGGAAGCUAACUGUCAACAAAGUAUGUCGUACGAUACAUUAGUUCUAUGUAAAUUUGCAUAUGUUGGGUACCUGACAUACGUUUUCAUUGACCAAGUCGUUUUGGAUUGCCACACUCUAUUCCAUCAUCUCUUUGAGCUGUGAAUCAUGAACGUGCAAGAAUGCUUCCUCUCUAUUUGUUUUGUGGAAUGGUUUAGGAACUUCGAAUUUUCUCAUUAGCUUUUAUAUGUUUUUUAUUUAAAGUUUUGGAGUAAGCCCUUUUAUCCCUCUCUUUCUCCAGUUUUAAGGUUUUAUGCUAUUCAUUCAUUUUUUAAAAUGGAAUAAUUCAUCCCAUUCGGUCUAUUUUUUUUAACAAGGGAGAAUGACUGCUUGCCACUUCUUGCUAUAUCUUAACCUUGACAAAGACAGGCACUCAUGCGGCCGUCAUUCCAAAUGUGUGAGUGCGAUGAUCGUAAAGCAGUCCUGAUGCCAGUCUCGUGUGGCUGCUGCUUGCUACCUGUUGAAGGCAGACAAGGAGGGAGAAAUAGAUCAGCAAUGACAAAAAAGGGGUAGCAAAUCUCUAUGACUACUUUAGUUGUGGUCAACUUGAUGAAAUACCAUCAAUGUAAAUGGGAGAGCAGUCAGAUAUUGGUAUUCAAACACUCAAAUAGAUGCAAGAAUUGAACGUUAGGAUCAUGAUUUAGAAUGAUGUAAGUGGCUUUGAACAAAGAUGAUGUUAUAAGUGAUUUAAACUUGAAAGCCAAAGAGUUUCAAGUGGAAUCGUUCCAGCAUGUGUGGACUUCUAAUUACCUCUGGAGGGAAAACCAUACGUAGGUUGUUAUUUGCUGAUCUUCUGCGUUCUUUUGUGGUAUUUAUGGUAGGAAGUGGUUAUACGUGGAAAUAUGGAUCUAAAAAUUCAAAAGAGGUUUUCAAGUUGGAAAUUGAUGAUUCAUUGAAUGUGAACUGUUCAGAUUUGUCUUUUCAGUGGCAUCUCGUAGGAGUUCUUAAUGAUAGUUGUUUCUGCCCUUUGGUGUCAGCAUUUUGACGCCAACAAGAUCACACAUUUUUAGACCACUGAGAUAUACAUAAUAUUGUGCUCCAAUCUAGCGCAUUCUCUGUAGAGGAGAAUCUGUGCUUCGUAUCUUCAUAUGAAGCAUCAUCACUGGUUGGUUCUUGUUUAAUAGAACUUAUGGUUUUUUGAUGGAGUAUCAUACAGACUUCGUUUAUUCCCCUUAAUUUGUAAUGAGAUGCGUAAAAGGUAUCAAGGAUUAGAUCUCUCUUGCACGGAGAGAAUUGGAGAUGGCAAAUCAUGAGCAUAUUGAGUGGGCUUGACUCUGAUGACGAUGAGGAGUGGAAGUACAUUCUCAAAAACGGGUUUCUUAUCCAAUAUGCGACAAAUUUUUUCUUCAUAUUAAAGUUGACUAUUUAAUGAAUGACAUUUUAAUUAAUUAGUUUUUGAGCAAUUUGAUUCCGUACACAAUAUGUGUACCUUUUCUAUUUAAUCUUGAUACCCUGAUUCGUCUGGUGAUAAUGAAUGGGCCAUCAUCUUUCUUUUCUAGAUGCUAAAAUCUUGUUUUGGAAGAUGAUUUCCUCAACCAUACGUUCUAAUGGGUGAUGAAGCCCGAUAUUGAAACUAUCUUUAUUCACUGGCUAUAUGAUGAUGAAUACCACUUGCAGUGGCUAGUAUCCUUUUUAAAUGUUCAUUAUCUUUUUACUGAUGCUUGGAGUUAUACAUUUUCUGAUGGAUUUAUUUGCAGGUACGAACAUCUCCAAAUGUGAUGCAUCUCGAUUAAGGGAGAGUUGCUUGGAUUACCUGGUAAAAGAAGCAAAGGUAAAUUUAUUUCUGAUUAUUUUUUAUGCCUAGUUUGAAUAUGUUUUCUUUAGGAUGAAGUCGUUUUUCUCUUCUUCUGAAUGCUUGUGUAGAAGCUUCAAGAUAGUUGAUAGUUGACCUGAAACAGUUCCACAUGUAUUGCUUAAAUUUUUGGGGAGUUUAGAUUUAGUGACUUCGAUGUGUUGCAAUCCAGAAGACUAAAAGGUCAAGGAAGCAAAAAACUUCUAGAGCAUCGAACUCCACCUUGGGGAAAUUAUAGUUUUUUAUGAUAGGACAAAAUAUACCGUGGAUAUCUUAUAUUGCACCGAGUCCCUGAGAGGCUGACAUAAAUACUUGAGAUAUUGUGAAUUUUCAGGGAAUACAAAAGAUUUAGUGACGUCUAUGCAUCUCCACUAUGCAUAUCUAACCAAACGCUGCCUUACUCUCUACUUUCUCAUCUUAGAGUUGAACUUAGUUAAUCUAUUAGGAUAUAUGACCUCGCAACUAUAUGUAUCAGUUUCAGCUUGAACUUGAAGCCAAAGUUUCAGUAUUGUGUGAUUUUAGUGACGUCGAGGGUUUCUACACUUUUUAUUGUAUUUUGAUGACAGAUGUUAUGCCAUAUGCUUGGUUAGGUUGCUUGAUAAGAAGAUACUUAAUUUUUCUAUACCAAGUGAGUUCUGAUUUACUAGAUUUUUGUUUUAAUCCUGUGCAAACGGAAAGCCUAUUGAAUCUUCAAUUGUUACUGUCACUUAUACAUUACCACCUCCUAAUUUAUGUUGUAGAAAAAACAAAAAUGACAUGUAAAAUGAUAGAAGAACGCGAAUCUACAUUAAGACUACCUUACACAUCAAUGAGUCUUCAGCGGGAUUUACUGAAAAUGUUAUUGAGGCAUUUACAGAGAGAAUGAGACCUCUCAUCCUUGCCUUCUAUUUCUGUGAACCUUAUACAUGGGUUUUGCUUUUCUAGCCGUUGUCCUUUUCGACUGCUUUAUUUGGUUAUGAGUUCCUCCCGUCAACGUUUUGGCUCUUUCUGAAAAAGUAGUGAUGGGAUGCCUUCCAGGACACAAAAUGGACUGGUGUGGUCUCAGUUGCUACUGCGUUUUAGCCAAAUAGACUAUUAUUGAACAGCAUGGAGAUCAUGAAUUGAAAAAACCAUUUAUUCUCGUCCGUCCUUAUGUCUAUGAAACUUUCGUUAUGUGAUAACAGCUUUUAGUGACUUAGACGAGAGUCACAGCCUCAAGCUCCCAUGAGGCCUUUCAAGUUUGCUUUGCUAUUUUGAAUGGCACAUAUUUAAUGUAUCUUUUGUCUCAUUUUUUACUUCCUACUGACAGCAAGUGGCGGAUAUUGGCUUUGUGGACUCACAGUUGUCCAACAUGGAAAGUUAUGGAUGGAAAGGUAGUGAUAAUGAUGCUGCUAACGAGGGUUACAAUUGUGUACAAGCAGAACAUCUGUUUGGCAUUCAUCCAUUCUAUAUUACAAAAGGUGUGUGGUCCCUUUUAGGACUAACUGCAUUUGAAAUUGAUGUAUAACUGUUGCUUUUGUCCAUUAAAAUGUGGAGCACAUUUCUCGAUGAAUUUCUUCUUAUCUAGAUCUUGACUUUUGUUUAAAGGUUUACUGGAUAUCCUUCGUAGCCUUUUUAUAAUGCUUCUUUGCGUGAAACAUAUUUUUUGCAGUUAUCUCGAUUUUUACCUCGCUCAAUAGCACUAUAUACUUGCCCAUGUUGUUCUCAUCUGCUAUACCAACCAGAAAUUAGUUAUUUUUGUUUUUAUAGACCAUGUUGCCUUUCUGUUUGGUUAUUCUUUCCGUUUGUAGCUUUCAGAAAUGAUGCUAGAAAUUGUGGUCUAUUUGUAGACGGUGUUUAAGUCAGAAUGAUAAUCUUUAUUUGAUGAGUCUUGUCUUGAAUUCGUAUCCGGAAAUUUGAAAGCAAACUUUCGUAUGGUGAUUUCUAGUGUUGUGCUGGUAACGUAUAUGUAAUGACUUGCAUGCAAAGGCAAUGAAAGUCUACAACCAAUAUCUUUUGACGAAAUUUCGUACAAAUUAGUUGUGGUAUCUCAUUUUGGUUUUGUUUCGAACUUUUCGAUUCUAUAGACAACGAACACAACUUGUGACGAUGGAUUGUCAUAUCCAUUUCUUGACUGUACAUGUUUUGUAUUGUUUUGUCCUCAUCACACGAUGUUUACUUACUGAUGUCCUAAAAGGCUCUAAAGCUUCUAGGAAUUUUAUUUGGGGACUACAUUCAAGUUGUGGGAUACGAAUCCUUUGUAUCCUGUAAAAAUUUAAGCAGUUUGUUGCGAAAAUAAUUCAAAACUUAAGUAAAUUUUCCCCGUGUUUAUUAUGCAAAUCAAACUCCUCUUCAUCCCAAGUCUUUACAUUUUGACGGACUAUGUUAUAAGAUAUAUGAUCUAGACUCCAUUGAUGUUAUGAAGAAGUUUCUUUUGUAUGCUUGUAUUUUUAACUUGAGUGACUUGAUCUCAUUUUUUUUAUGGUGUUCAUUUUACACGUUGUCCUGAAAUUUUUGUUUAUUGCCUAGGUAAAAGAGAUUGCAAAAAAAGAGGGUUUGAAUUCUUGGCGCCAACAACCUGCAGAAAUUCCUUGCGACUAUUGCGAGCAAUGCAGCUUCGUAGGCCUGGUCUGAUAUUCUUUUUUAUCUAUUUUAACUCCCAUCUACCAGUUGGCUAUUGGAUGUGAAGAAAAACUUGGUGGUGUUAUUUUUGUAGUGCUAUUGGAAGGCAGUCCUGGAGUAGGAAAGACUAGUUUAGUUGUUGCACUUGCAGAAUUCUCUGGACAUGAUGUAGUAAGAAUAAACCUUUCUGAGCAGGUGAGGUAUCAAACGGUACUAAUCAACCACGGAUAUCUUGCUGCAUUGUUAUAACCCCUUUUAAUCUUGUAACUACAGACAGACAUGAUGGAUCUGCUGGGAUCGGAUCUGCCUGUUCCUGGUGACAAUGGGAUGCAGUUUGCAUGGUCUGAUGGAAUCCUGCUCCAGGUUCUAACCCUAACAUUUUAACUGUUGGAGUAUAAGUGUGCGGACUGUUUCCCGGAACUAGUCACAAUUUUAUUUUAUUUUUGAUUUUUCAGGCUCUCAAGAAUGGUAGUUGGGUGCUUUUAGAUGAACUUAAUCUUGCACCACAGUCUGUGCUGGAGGUAGGAUGCUCGCUGUCUCUGUGUUAUUUAGUCGUUUAUUUUGGUCUUUUUUUCGUACUUGACUCUUUAACAAGCAAGCUUUCAGGGUCUAAAUGCUAUUUUGGAUCAUCGUGCUGAGGUCUAUAUUCCAGAGUUGGCAUGCUCUUUUCAGUGCCCUUCUUCAUUUCGAGUGUUUGCUUGUCAAAAUCCUACCAGCCAAGGGGGUGGAAGGAAAGGCCUCCCAAAGUCUUUUCUUAACCGUUUCACGAAGGUAUUAAAAUCACUGGUGAAAAUGAGGCCGUCAGAUUGAUUAUCGUGUUCUUUUUUCCGGAAUGUAUAAUACCAGAAAAUGUCUAGUACUCGACAUACGUUCUUAUUAUCGUAUUUGAAUUUACCUUGAAUUAUUUUUAUAGGUGUAUGCGGAUGAGCUAAGUGCGGAAGAUUACUACUUCAUUUGUAAUUCACUCCAUCCAUCAGUUCCUACAUCAUUACUUUCAAAACUUAUCAACUUCAAUAGCCAUCUCUAUGAGGACACAAUGCUGCUACACAAAUAUGGUCAGGAAGGCUCUCCGUGGGAAUUUAAUCUGCGGGAUGUUAUACGGGCUUGCCAGAUCAUAGAAGGUGAAAGUUCUUAAUUUUCUUAUAUACUUGCUUCAAUUUGUUGGUUGUCAUGACUAAAAAUAGCUUCUAAAUAAAGUAAGUAACGCUGGUAACAAUCGUGCAGUUUCCUUUCCCGAUUUAUGCGGUUAGUUUUCUCUGAUAGUGAGUUUCUUUUCUAAAGAUGCACCUGUGGCAACAAAAGAAGUCAGCUUUCUCAACACUGUUUACAUCCAGAGGAUGCGUACUUCAGGUGAUCGUGAGGAGGUUUUAAAACUUUAUAAGGAAAUAUUUGGAAGGAAGCCUCUCAUAAAUCAGAUUCCAAGGGUGCAGAUCAAUGCAAACUAUGUGAUUGUGGGAAGUGUUUCGAUUCCAAGGAAUCAUUUUCAACCAACAAAAACUUCACUGGUAGAUCUGAAUAUAUUGCCAAGCAUUCGACAAUGCCUAGAAGCUUCUCUUCAGUGUGUGCAGCAUCAGUGGUUGUGUAUUUUAGUUGGGCCAUCUUCAUCUGGGAAAACUUCACUUGUGCAGUUAUUAGCUCAGCUUACUGGAAAUGCACUGCAUGAACUGAAUCUUUCUUCUGGAACUGAUGUUUCUGAGUUACUAGGCUGUUUUGAGCAGUAUAAUGCAUUUCAAAGUUGUACAGCCAUUGUCAGCCAAAUCGAGUGUUGCAUGGGUGAGUAUUGUGGGCUACGUGUGCAAUCCUCCUGGGAGAAGUUAUUGACAGAAAGGAAAGAUUUAAUUGCUAAAUGGUGGGAUCUGUUAGCAUCCAUGAAUGACAAAACGUCUGGAUCAAGUUCCGAAUUUGUCAUGGCCUGGAAUCGUGGAGACUGCAAGUUCCUGAAUAUCCUAGUUGAGAUUAUUGAACAGCUGAAACUUGAUUCGGAAAAGUAUUCUUUACCUGUAUCAUGGUCGAAUGAGGUCCUGACUAGAUCUCUGAGGACUGUUUUGGAUUUACAAAAGAAAGUCAGAAAGCUGGGACCAGGAAAUUUUGAAUGGGUGAACGGACGUCUAAUCAAGGCUAUAGAAUGUGGGGAAUGGGUCGUCCUGGAUAAUGCAAAUCUCUGUAAUCCCACGGUAAGUAUUUUUUUAUCCUCUUAUAGCAUACAUGAUAUUCAUUCAUUUCUACAUUUUUCAUGCAUCUUCUUUUAUGUCACUUGGAUUGACAGCAUAUCUCUGGGUUCUUAAUAGGACUCAGCUUUUUUACCUCUUUUAGUUUGGAUUCUUAUACCUUCCAUCUGUACCAGGUUCUAGACAGAAUAAACUCUUUAGUAGAGCCUCAUGGUUUUAUCACUGUCAACGAGCGUGGCCUCUUAGAUGGGAGUCCUGUAGUGCUUCAUGCUCACCCGAAGUUCCGAAUGUUUAUAUCUUUUGACCCAACAUGUGGUGAAAUAUCACGAGCAAUGAGAAACAGAGGAGUAGAAAUAUUUAUGCCGGAACAAAAUUUGAUAGAUGAUUCUGAAACCAACUCUGGUUGCCAAGAUGCCAUUGGUGAUCUGAAGCAGUUUUUAAUCCAAUCGGGUAUUCCAUUUUACUCAUUAAUUGAGGCGAUGUCAGAAGCACAUAUGUAUGCUAAGACCGUUGGAUUACGUCUUGGUGUACACAUUACCCUUCUGGAGCUUAGACGCUGGGUUCAGUUAUUUCAGCAAUUACUCAUGAGUGGGAAUCAGUCUAUGUGGAGUCUUCAACUAAGUUGGGAGCAUACAUACCUCACAUCUCUUGGAGAGGCUGAAGGAGAAGACAUCAUAAUGCACGUAAAGCACAGCUUAUUGUCUCUUUACAAAGAUUGCCCGCUAAUGGGGAGUUCAUUAUGUUUGCCUGGAGGGUGGCCAUUACCUCAGAAACUAUCAAACUUUAUCUGGUUUUCGCAGGAGGCUACUAUUAAACAAAACUGUAUGUAUUUGGCGUUUUUUGGGGCUCAAUGUGCUUCUUAUGAAAUGAGUCUCAGCAGCACGAAAACUUCAUUGCUGAGUGGUUACGAGGAAGUCAAACCACUUAUAUUUCCCUUCCGUGCACUGCAUCAGCUUCUCUUUCCAUGUGGAAUUGAUCUGCAACAGGCUGAGAACUUCAUAUCAUCGACUUUUGAUUUGGUAUUGGGCAAAAAGAUACUUUUUAUUUCCUCUAAUUGGGUAAUUGAACAAGCCACUGGAAAAGAUCUCCAAUUAUAUAUUCAGUGGUUUCAGUGGUACAGUAAACAUCUGCAUCCUUACUGUGAUUUCUUUAGGUCUUUCUCUAUGAUACUUGAGCAGGAGCAGUCUCAUCCUAUUUGGAGUUGCAUUGUCAAUUGUUGGAAAGAGGUUACCAUUUAUCAUGAAAUAAAUGUUGAUCAGCAAUACCUUCCACUAGUUUCAAAGAAAGUAGCUGAGUUAGCUGGUUUAAUAGGAGCACCUAAUGUCUGGCAGACCAAUCUCUGUAAUGCUAUUAGAUGCAUAGGUGUGCUGCGCCUUAGUCUUGAACAAUGGAAUGCUGAAAGGAAUUAUGUUUUCAAGGCGCAAGAGUUAAAUCAAAUAUUUCUUCCUAUUUUAAAAUCUUUAAGACAUUUGGAAGAGGAGGUGCUUAAUGUCAUUACCGAAUCAUGUUCGUUUGAUGACCUAUAUGAAUCAUACUCUGGCCUGCUUGAGCAGCAUAGAUCCUUUUGGAAGUGUAUCAUGUUGCCUCUUUCUCAACAGUCUGCAAUUGCUUGGCAUUUUCUGAGGAAGGAAGUACUCAAAUUGAAGAGAUUUUUCCCAGCCGCCGUUCAUAACUUACUGGUAUGCCAAGUCAUCUUGUCUUGUCUGUAGCCCUUUCAUGGGCAAUAUUAAGAAGCUCUUUUUCUUUGCAGGAGCAAAGCUCGGAUCUUCUGAGAAGGUCACCGUGGAAUCUUUCCUCAGCAAAGACCUUGCUAUGGAAGCACGGUGGCCAUCCGUUAGCAUCACCCUCUGCAGAUGUAUUUGACAAAAAACAUCAGAUAUUUUCUUUAUGCGCGGAUAUCUGGCCUAAGAAAACGUUCUGGGAACUGCUCCGUAGAGGUAAAUGUUACUUCCCUUUGGAAGAUAUCUGCUGUUAUCUCGUAUUUAAUACAGGGUUACUCCUAUCUUGUUUAGAUCGUUCAAUGACAGAUGCUGGUUUGUCAGCAAACACUGAACUCCGGUACCUGGCCGUUCAAGGUACUCUUCAUUUACUUUUUCAUGUAUCUUCAUAGCGGAAUGCCGUUCGUUGGCCCUUGUUCAUUUUAGCAGAAUAUUUGCAGUUACGUUUUUCUUUUGUUGCUAGAAUGGUUUUUUACAUUUUUUCCUUAUUUUAAGCGUCAUAAGUUUCUGAAGGGAACAAUCCUACGAUCUUUCCAUUAACUCUGGCACCAUUAUUUAGGGGUUGAUAUCUUAUUCUUAUCUUUGAUCUUUUACAGUCUUUAACAACAUCACACAGCGCCUCAAUACUACCAUAUUUGGUCUUACAUUGCACUAUUUCUGGUCUUCUCAUAUGUUACAUCGAUUACAAAAGUAAAUACCAUUUUUUCUCAUUUGCACCUCUGUUUUAAGGUUUCCCCUGCGAUUCUUUAUAUGUAAUAGUUAUACACGGAGGCUGAACUGUUUCUGCGUAGUUAGAAACUUGGAAUUCUUCCUUCAAUAAAUUUUAGGUGAGCUUGAACCCAUGUUGUAUUUAUCGAAUGAGUAUUGUAAGUGCUCUCGUUUAGGAGGGAAAUUUAGUUAUAAAGAGAAGCUGAUUUGCCAAGCACCCUCCACUAUUUCGGAUAGUAUUUAUGGUUCUACCUUUUUCUUAGCAACUGGCUUUCAUGGUUUUCAUGUGAUUAUAGGUACUAUUUUCUUGAUCAUAUGCGGUAUUCGCCAAUAUCUGAUAGUUUCCUAUAGUUUUUUUGGCUUUUUAAUACUCUCUUUGAAUUUUUUUAUUGGAUGGUGUUUUGAAAAUAACUUUUGCUCCUAUAUAUUUAGAAGUAUUUUUUAUCUCCUUUAUUCAUGUUUUCUGCCUGUAUACCUCGUUGUCAAACUUAUUCAAUGUUUCUCUCUUCGUCUCGUGAAUAUCUGAUCGCUAUUUGUUCUAUAUACUCAACUUUUUUCUCGUGAAUAUUCUUUUGAUCUCAAUACUGGUUUAAGUCUUGUUACUGGUUACUUUUAAUAUUGUUUUAGGUAUUUGCAUGUCAACAUAUCUUAUAAAGGUUGGUCGUGAAAAUGACGAUACCACAAAUCAUCUGGAUGAAAUUUAUCAGGUAGGCGUGACGAAGCUUCAUAAUUGUUUUAGGUAUGUGCUACAAGACGUCGUCUAACUCUGUUAAAUGCAAAAUGCAGGGUCUUUUGAGAAGAGCUGAACAUGAGAGGAAUAACCUUACGGCGAUUUUUAUGGUUAACAAAGAAAAUCCUACUUGUCACGUGGCCAAGACGUUGUGUACCAACUGUUGCAUGUUCAAUUCUGAGAUAUUGCGUGGAAAGGCAGUGAUUGACUGUUGGUUGCAGUCUCGUCCUUUGUUUGAUAGAAGUAGCUUGCUAUUAGAUAUUGAAUUGCUUCAGGAAUUAACUGAAAGCUGUACGCUUAAUUCUAAGAACCUCUUUGAGGUAAAUAUUCUAGUUCUUAGAACUGUUUGUAUAUUUACUUUCCUGCCAUAUAGAUUUCUUUGCCUUUUUCUGAUAUUAUGACAUCGAUUUAAUUCCUAUUCCCAAUGAUAAAGUUUACAGUAACCCAAUUUGAUGCUUCAGUAUUUUAGAUUAUAACAAGGUGGCAGCUGACUAGUUAGGAAUGGGUGAUCAAUAACACCAAUAUUUCACCAGAUAAUUUAUUAAAUGAAACUCUGAGAAGUCAUAGUGCCUUUGAUAAAGUUCCUAUGUAGUAGGAUGAAGAUAAUGAAUGGAUUGGGAGGGUGAGGGUCUUCUCAAUGGUCAUUGUUAUUGAUGGAAAGGUGCCGACUUAUUGUUCUUGUUUCAGAACUAUUACUGGACUUCGAUUACCAAGCAAUUGGGAAUGUUCAAUAUUGAUGAAAACUUUAUUUUUGUUGUAAGUAGUGAUUGGUUGUUGUUAGGAAAUGUAGAAAACAUUAACAUAGAGAGGGAUAAUACCCUAGCUUUGAUAGAACAGAGACAAACAAAGGAGGAGAGAGGAAUUCUCUGUCCCAAAAGACAGGGGAGGAGCAGCAGACAGACACCUCAAGUAUUUCUCUCACUCACUAAGUCUCUUAAAUAGGGACAAACCUUAAGAAUACUUUUCCCAAAAUAGUCUUUAACCUAGUUACCCUUAUACCUUGUAACACUCCCCCUCAAGAUGAACUUUUGCAAAAUUCAUUUUGACUAAGUUGUUGACGAUAAUGCUGUUGACGAUCCGUGUUAGCUCCCCUUGCAACAAUCCAUGGUAGCUUUCUUGCAACGGUAUAGAAGAGCUCUUCAAGUAGACUAAAUGCAAGCUCCCCCAAAUAAGAGCGACGCCACCUUGAACAUAGGCAGUGGUAGACUAGAUGUAGACUCCACCAGAUAGGAGGGCCGCUACCUCAAACAAAGGUAGCAAUACUGGAAACAUGGCUUCCCCAGAUAAGAGUCAUAUCUCGAACAUAAGUAGCAAUAUUGGAAACAAGGGUUCCCCCAUAUAUGAACAGUGCUACCUCCAACAAGGGUAGUAAUACUGGAAAGAAGGCUCCCCCAUAUCAGAGCAAUGCGACUUCUAACAAGGACAGCAAUACUGGAAAUAAUGCUCCCCCAGAUAGGAGCACCUCCAACAAGGACAGCAAUAUUGGAAAUCAUCUCCCCCAAGUAAGAGUGACACUCCUCCAAGUGGGCAGACGAUUGUAGCAGACUGGUGGUUACUGCAGCAGCAGUGGUGGUAGCAGCAGCGAUGGCACUGGUGGCAGUGCUAGGGUUUACCUAGGCUCGGAUACCAUGUAGAAAACAUAAACAUAGAGAGGAAUAAUACCCUAGCUUUGACAGAACAGAGAGAAAUAAAGGAGGAAGAGAGAAAUAAUACCCUAGCAUUCUCUCACCCACUAAGUCCCUCAAAUACGGACAAAACCCUAACAAUAUUUUUCCCAAAAUAGCCUUUAACCUAAUUACCCUUAUACCUUCUAACAGAAAGUUACCAAGCAAUUGUUCUAGUUGUGUCACAAUAUUAGGAGAGUCAACAAAAGCACAUUUGUGCACCUCUUGCACCAGUUCAUUAAGGAACAUCUCUGACAUGGAUCAAUUGAUGUUGAUCUGAAAACCACUUCUAUAGAGAACAAAUACUUCAAAGUUGGUGAUCUAAGCCAGAGUUGCGUUUAAUUCACUUUAUGAUUUCUUCUCUGAUAUUGACUAACUAUUUUACAUCCAUCUAUAUUCAAUCUUUAUCAAGUUUGUAUCUCCAGUGAUGUCACAUGUUCUUCGACUUAAACUUUUUUGGCCAAGUAUGACAAUGUGACAAUGACUGUCAGGCCUGCGUUUGUUGCGAAUCUUCAUCAUACCUUAGAGUUGGAUCUUUCAUACCUAUUCAAUGAUGAAUUAAUGAAAGAAUAAUUCACGAUGAUGACAAUGACUGAUUGUUGAUCUGUAGUUUUAUACCCUGUGUUUUUUCUUUAAUCAUAUCAAUUCUUGAUGUCUGAUAGGCUUCAGACAUUCUCACUACGAUAACCAUUUUCUUUCUAGGUUUUGUCAAGGAUGUCGGAGUUUCUGCAAUAUGCCUUAGACUACUCAUUAAAGUUAUCUUCUAGAUCACCUAUUGAUUUCUCCCCACAUCAGAAGAUUUUGUGGAUGUUGGAUGCUUGGACUUCAAUUGGAGAUGGUAAUACUUUAUGUUUUUAUUUCGUUUUUUUAACAUUAAUUUUAGAUUAUCUGCUAACCUGUGAUUGGCUUUUAUUUGCUAGUCCACACAAAAAUUGCCAAUUUUGUUCAUCAGAUGUGGUUUAACUGGCAUUCUUCUCUGUGGUAUUGCUGUUCUGAACUGGAUAAGGUACCUUAUAAAAUUAUUUUGCGUGGCCAGUUGAUGUCUGCUGGAUUUCUCUGUUAACAUUUCUUCGUUACCAAAUGCAGAAACCUUUGCCACAAAUUCGUGAUCAGAUUUGCCUGCUUACGCAGCCAAUCAGAUUUGAUGCACUUGACCAGAUUCUGUAAGAUCAUGUCUACCACCGCUCUUUGUUUUCAUUUUCUUCGUAUUUUUUGUCUUCCUGUUUUUAUCAUCUUUUCUGAUCGCAACUAGCUACAUCUUCUUGAAGGGGGAGUUAGCAUCAGUAAAAUCUCAAUGUGCUAUUUUUUGGAAACUGCAGUCUCCUCAAUGUUUUAUUUCAAUCUUUAAGCUUGUUAUGAUGUAUGAAUCGCUCCCAAAUCAAGAGCCAUCACCAUUUUCAAGGACAAACCUAUUAAUCUCCCUUGCUACCCUUGUAAAUAUAGUGCUGCUAUGGAUAGGAUCUACAAUUACUUUCUGGUAGUUUAGGAGAUUAUUUUCUUGAGACUAUUCAUAUUACAUCUGGACUACCUCUUCCUUUAGUUGUUAGAGGACCAUUUCGGUUUUCUUUCGAGGAUAUUUCUGAUUACAGGCUUAUCUGCUUUUUUUUCUUUUUUUUCUUUUUUUUCUGUUUUUGAGCAGCAUGCUAGACUUAUCUCACAAUGGCUUUGUUGUGAUUUUGCAGCCAAGGAACACAUUCUAUAAGUGAAUAUGAUGCUUAUCGUUUCAAGCUUAGGGUCACAUCGAGGAAUCUUUAUCAAGAUGCUCUCCCAGAUAGAGAUAUGCUUAAGUUUCUCCAUGCUGCAGCUCGUUCUCUAUUUCGUCAGGUAUUUGUUCAUAUUGAUGUGAUUUUUGACUAACACAACAAUCUGACGCCUGGAAUUAAUGUAUUUCAUGGAUGCAGAUCAUAUUUGCACAUAAAAAAUCUUUUGAAGCAGCAGCAUUUCAAGAAAUCAAGAACUAUCUCAAUCAUCUCAAAGAUAACUAUGUAAAGAUAUAUACGCUCCAUUGUUUCUUGCCUUCUAUGGGCUGUGGUUUUUCAAAUGCUUUCAUAAAUGGAUAAUGUAAUUCUAUUUCUGCGUUGAUCUAAAAAAUGCAGCUUGUGUUGUGCUUGUUUUUCAGGAACAAAAUUUUAAAGGUUUGAAGACCCUUCUUUUAUCCUCGAGCUGCAAUAGUCUGAUCUUGUGUGUGGAUUCGCUUAUAGAACCAUUGGUCACAGAAUUGUAUUCUGAAUAUCAGCAAGGUUUGUUUGAGAAUUUACUGUAUAUUUUCCUGAUCAUGCAUUUUCAGGUAUUUUAACCAAAAAAUCCAUUUGUACCUUCUGAUGUGAGUGGAGAUAACGAGAAAUAUAUAUGAGCUAUUGCUUAUUUGUCUUGUUUUAUCUUGCAAAGGUAUAAAUGAUGGUAUGCUUUGAGCUUGAUCUUAGUCUGAAUGUUUUUUGCCAUAAGUUAAACCAUUCCCGUAUUAUUUUUUUUGCCAUAACGGCAUUUUUGUUUUUUUUUUUUGCCUUGGGUAAGUUGCUAGUUUGUUUUCCAGGCAAUGCAGAAUAUAUCCAUAAUCUCGGUCUUGCAUGGGUGUACUUGGGGCUUCUACGCUUCCAUCUUCUGCUCAAUUUGGACUGUCCAGAUCCUGCUAUGAAGUAUUCCUUCAAGUAUUCUCAAAUAGUAGAGAGGAUUUCCAUGCUUGAACUUGAAAUCAAGGUACAUGAAUUCCUUAGUGGCUAUGAAUACUCAACAAAUGGUUUCACUGGGUUACAUUUCUGCACACUUUUGGUGGCUACUCAUGUAUGCUUUGUAACUCUAAGUAUUUUUUGUGAGCCAAUUGGCCAAAGGAACAUAAUGGUAUAUCAUGAAACACGUCAUUGGCAAAGCCUGCUUCCCCGUGCUUGAUAGUGACAAGAAUGAGCGGGAACAUUAUUUCCUUUUCAAGAAAAUUUUCUGAUUAACAAACGCAUUUGUAAUCGCCUUAACCACGUUGAUAAUGAAAAAAAAAUCUGAUAACUAUGCCUUCCUUAGGUGCGUUGGCAAUGUGAAAAUUUAGCAGGCAAAUAUCUGCCGAGAGAUGAACAAGAUGACAGAGUGUGCUUGCUGAAGAAACUUGAGGAGGAAAAGAAAAAGCUCCAGGCAAAGGUGGUUUGUUUUUCUUUUCUAAUUCUUUUGUCUUAUCCUAUUUUCGUAUUAUAUACUUUGGAGUAAUUAUAAGUUUAUAGAAAUGAUUGUUUCUUUCAUUGAAUAUACUUGUCACUUUUUUGAGUUUUGGAUUUAAUACUAAAUGAAUACCCGUCUAGCUUUUUUCACGUGGUUAUAUUGUUGCUUUAACUAGAGAAAUAGUAAAAAAUAUGAGGGUAAUUUUUCAAUAAGUUAGUUCUUUUUUGUUGUUAUGAUAUUCCAUAAGAUAGGUGGGUUCUCUUAUUAUUAUGAUAUGGGGAAAAAUCUGAGACAAAGGACCAUAAAUCAUUCUAGGGUCUCCUAGAUAUGAAGCAAGCACCUAGCAAUUGGGGAACUGGUACAAGGAUAACAAGAACCUUUCAACUGCAGAGUUCUUGAAUAGUGUUUACAUGCUCUAAUGCCAUUUGUAGCGACUAUUUCUUCAUUGCCAAUUUGGCAUUUGGUAGCAAAUGGCAAUGCUAUAGUCAUUACCCUUUAUAAAUUAAAUCAUACGAAUGGACUUUUUGCAGGUUGUUUUUCGCCCUAAUAUAGAAGAUUUUGAGAACUUGAAAACUUUUUGUGCUGGAUUCCUUGGAUCAGACUUUAAAUUUCCCUGCAAUUUGAGGAACAUGGAUGAAGUUCAAAAUUGGCAGGUAUGCCCUUGCUAUAAUCAUCUUUGUGAAGGCUAUAUCUUGAAUAUUUUAUCGAUUUCCUUGCACGUUUUCAAUAUUCUUUAUCGCAGGUCAAAUCAGCGCAAUUUAUUCACCAGUUAUCUGAAAAAUUUGGCGCGUAUAUUGACAUAAUUCAACCGGUCCAAGUUGCUAUAUAUGAAAUUAAAUUGGGUAUGUCAUUGUUUAUGUCAAGUGCGUUGGAGAAUGAAUAUCUGACGAAGUUGGACCAAAGCAGGGACAAAGUCUUGGUGAGAGUUAUGCUUUGUUAAUCAAAUUUUCCUCUAGAAGCCUUUCUUCCGUUAGUGUUAGUUUGAUGAAGUUUAUUUUUGUAGUUAUUUUAACGAGUUUAUCAUGUCUUUUUUUUUCCAUUUUAUAGUUUGAAAGUUUUCAUGAUAAGUGUGUCUAUACUUGAUCUUUAUUUGGUGUUAUUGAAACAUUUGCGAUUUUUUUUUUGUUGGCUCCUUUGUCAAGUGGCAAUUAAGCUUUUUGUUGUGUCACUUGGAAUCUCUUUGCAGGAGACCAUUUAUUCUAUGAUGCAGUUUCCUAGAUCUUUUCUGGAUGAAUUUACUCUAUCUGAUCUGCAACACAAGAAGACUGCAUGUUUCAAUGUUAAUGCCUUUUGUCAUAUUCUGAAGAAAUUGAGUGAUAACUCAACUACUCGCAGGGUAAUGGCGCUUUUUGUCUCACUACUUGUAUAUAUGUAUUCUUGGAAUUGAUGUCUUUGCUAUUUAUUUUAAUAUUUGACUAUAGAGCUUAUGUCCAUUCGUUCUUUGUUUAUGUCGUGACAAAAUUGCUAAAUUAGUUGCUGCUACCACAGAUAUCUUUACAGCAGCUAGAAGCUGUUGUUCAUCAUCUUAAUCUUACCAAUGUAGCACAUCAUGUCUGGACUUCACAAAUCAUGGAUGAUAGUUCUUUUUCUGUAAGUUUCUCCUAUACUUCAACUAAUUCCAACUCCAUUGGCUGCAAGGAUGACCUCCACUAUUUUUUCUGCCCUCAGCUUUUGAAUAAGGUAUUUGAUCGCUUUGCAAAACUGUGGUUUGGAAUGAAAUUUCAAGUAAAAAUGAACAAAGAUUUGGAGGACCAGUACUUCAAAUUCAAGCCUCGUGCAAUCAGGAUAGAUGAGAUUUUAAAAAUUGACAUGCUAUCAAUGAGUGAAGUUGAUUCUGAUGGAAACUUUGCCGCUGGAUUGGAAGAUAUGUUUGUUGAUACUGAAGUCGCUCAGGUGGAGGCCCAAUAUAAUAUUUUAUCUAUCUAUUUUCUUGAUCUUUCUUAAAUAUAGUUCCUAAUGUGUUUGAUGCAUCAGGUGGGUCCUUGUAUAGAGAAAGAGAAUCUAGAGGAGGAGUGGAACCAAAUUCCAGAGCCUCUUUUGAAGAGCAUGCUCAAUGUCCACAAUCAACUAUUCGGUUCAGGUUCCCUCUAUGAAUAUGUGAGUUUUUACUCUACCUUUACACUCCUGUAGCAAAUAGUAAAUAUUCAUGUACAUUGAAACAAAGAAGUUUGCUAUUCUAUUAUUUUCCUGUCAGCAACGACAAAAUGGCUGUAAAAAAGUUGACAAAGUAGAUUAGAUGGGGUCUUUCAUGUGAAUUCAUGAAGUCUUUCGUUUUUUUAUCUUAGGAUCUGGAUCCCUGGGUUUCCGUCGAAAAUAUGUUAGUUUAAUUUUUUAUUGUGUAUCAUUUAAUGCCCGAGUUUCUUUAAUUUUCUGAGAUAAUCUGCUGUCUUAACCAAUUAGGAUUCAUAAUAAAGUAUUUUCUGCUCUCUAUUUCAGGCUCCUAUUAGUAAUACUACCAACGAGGAGAAAUUACAGCUAUUUUUGGAUUCAUUUGACGUGGGGACUUGUUUAUUGAAAGGUAACCGUGGAUGAUUGGUUUGAUGAUUAAAUACUCAUGUAUUCCCUUAUUGUAAUAUCUUGAAUAUCUGUAUGUUUUUUCAGGCUUACCCACAUCGAUAUCUGCUACUCUGGAUGAGAAACUUGUGAUAGAACAGGUGCUUCGUGUAUCUUUGGAGUUUGAAGAGAACAUGAGCUCGCUUCAGCUACGAAUUCGUACAUUCAAUAUCUACAAGGUGACACAAGAUUGCUUUUGAGAGUUGUCUAAAUGAUUUAGAUCCUUUAUUUAAUAUCCCAGUUGAUAAUGUUCUGUCAGGAUCCAAAUGCUUCAGCUAUGUCUAAAAUGGUUGAACCUCUACUUAAUAUUCAACAACGGGUAAAGUGCCUUCUUAGUGAGUGGUCGGAUCAUCCAGCUCUCCAAAAGCUUUUUGAUGUGACAGAAAUGCUCUUGUCUGUUCCAUUAGAGGUUCCCCUUUAUAAGGUAUGAUAGCUUCAGAUAGUCCAAUGGACACCUUAAUUCUGUGCUUUCAUUUAGCAGUGUGCUUUUCCAUUACACAUUACACAUUAUUUUGCAGGCAUUGUGUGGGUUAGAAUCCUUACUUGUGAGAAUUCAUUCAUUACAAGAAAUAUUGCCAAAAUUCUCUAUUGGAGGUAAGGACUAAGGGCGUCUAUUAUGAAAUCAUUGUGUCGUUGAGAUAUCUCCCUGUAUCUGAUUAGUAACCUCUACAGACCUCGUGGAACCAAUUUAUUCUCUGGUCUACGCUUGGCAGAAGAUUGAACUAGAUUGUUGGCCUAAAUUGCUUGAUGGAAUUGAGGAGCAGUAUGAACUGAACGCUGGGAAGGUAUGUAACUUUUGUGGAUGUUGGUACUUUGAAAGUUCUGUUUGCUCUUUCUAACUUUCAUUUUCAAAAUCCGCAGCUAUGGUUUCCUUUGCAUUCGGUUCUUCAUCGUAAAGUUUCUGGAGAUGCUGAUCGUGAUAAUGCCUUUACUGUCCAGAGGCAUGUACCACUCUAUUUUUUCUGUGAAAUUUCUUGCAGUUUAAUGUUGAAAGUUAUUAUCUAACAGAAGCUUGAAACUGCAGUGUAGAAGAAUUUGUGCAAACAAGCAGCCUUGGUGAGUUUAGUAAACGUCUAAAACUUCUGCUUGCCUUCCAUGGGCAGUUUAAUACUGCUGUCUGCUUGAAUGUUUGCGAAAGGUAAUAUUUUGGAUUCUCACUUGUUAUUCUCCAUUCUUCCCGUUCAGCUUCUGAUAUGAAGUCACUGGGGCCUUCAUUUGAUGGCCAGACGUUAACAAGAAUUUCAUUUCCUGAAGGAGUUUUUUUUUUAAUCAUGUAGCUCUCAUCAGAAAGAAAUCUUGAAUAUCCUGUACAACGCUUUUGGAUACUAUAUACAGUUUUUCCCUUUGUAAGUGCCCUAUGACAGCUUCAUUUGAGUUUGUGUUUUCUACGCCUUGUUAUGUCCAUUCAAUAUUUGAUUCAUGACAUUUUAUUGUCUCCGCAGAGUCAUCAGACACAUUGAAGCUGAAAAAAAUGGCAAAAUGGAGGAAAUAAAGAAUCAGAUAAAGCUUUUAAAGUGGGAGCAGCCAAACUCCCGUUUAUCCAUGGAGAGAUUCAGAGCGGCUCGGCAUAAACUAUGCAAGACUGUUAAGAAGUUCAAUGUAAUUGCUAUACGUUAAAUUUGACUUUGAAAUUGAUGAUAUGUCUUAUCUCUGGCGUACCUAUUUACAUUAUCCUCCCGAUUCUAGGAAGAGAGAUUUGCUUUCUUGCAGUGAUGGAUUGAACUUGAUUGCAUAUUUCCUUGUGUUUUACAGGAUUUUCUACAGCAACCUAUGAUGAUUUUUCUCAAUCAAGAAACAAAUGUGAAAAACCGUCUAGUCACGGCAUGGUUUAAACAAAAGCCCAAUGGUGAAACAGAUGGUGAACCGGUUCCCUUUCCAUCAGAACCAACUUACAUUGGUGCAAUAGAAAGGUCUGGUCUUUCUUUAUGCCUUUCCAAUUGAGCUGUAUAUAUUUUAGAGUAUUUGUUUGAUUUUUCUUAAUUUUUUUUAGGUUGAUGAAUAAUCAUGGAUGGAGUGAAAAAGUAAAAUUAGCACUCGAAGCUGCCCAUGUCAGGAGGGCUUCCGAAUACAUUGAUUUACAAUACAGAGGUUGGGGGUUCUGUCUAUGUGAAUUGUGCAUGGUUAUUUGUUCUCUUUCUAUAAAUCUAUGUUCAAGAAAAUGCCAACGGUUUCUUAUUUUCUAUUUGUUUGAUUGGUCAUAUAUUACUUACUGCUAACAUAGUGCAACACGAUUUGAUCCAGAUAUCUCAAAUCCCAUCAGAUUGUCAUCGUUUACUGAGUGUCAGGCAGUUCUUUCAUCCACAAGCAGCGGUUGGGCCUCACUUGAACAGAUAUACGGACAUGCGAUUGCCUUUUCUCAUGUUUGGAAAAAUGCUACCAAGAAUCUGAAAAAACGCAGGUCUCUAGCUGACCUCUUUAAAACCUUGGAAGCAACUGGGUUAUCGAGGCACAGAGCUCUACAGUCUGAGGUAUUUGCGCAUCAUGUAGACUAUAUUUCAGGGGAUUGUGUUCAAUGGCUUCAAGAAAAUAUCGAAUAUAUGAAACAUUACUGUCGGGUUUCUUUUAAUGAUUAGUCACAUAAAUGAGUUGUAAGCUCCAGGGAAAUGUAUAUGUGUGUGUGUGUGUGUGUGUAUGUAUGUAUAUAUAUUUGUUCCUAACUUGAUUCUGUAAAUUCCUGUAUAUUAUCUUUUGAACAAGAUUUAUCAAUCAUUUUCUUUUGUACAUAUGUAUUUACCCUUUUGAUAAAUCUCUGCAGAUAAGGACUCGUGAUUUAAAAUUUGAUGGGUUUGGUGCGUUAAUUUUUUGGUAUUUUCGCCGUGUCUCUGCAGGUGAAGAUGUCCAACCAGUCGAGUACUCUACUUCUUCAGUCGUCAUACGACGUCCAGCAUUUAUUGUUCCAAGAGACAAACUCCUCCAUCAGUCUCACCGAUGAUGGUCAAAUGCUUAGAAACAACAAUUUUAAUUUAGAAUGGAAAAAAUCUAAUCGGUGCUACUUCAAGAACAUUGCUUUGCUACAGGAAAUACGGCAGGCUCGCCUGAAUUUCCAUAAGGAUUUAUCUCUGGAACAGGUCUGUUCUCGAACUUCUUUUCCUGAAAAACUAACAUGCGAAGAUUGUGGGCAUUCUAUAUUUACUUGUUUGCUUGUGUACUUGCUAAGGUCAACCGAGCAUUGUCCUUCAUCGACCAUCUCAUUAUGAUUCAGCAGGAUCAGCGCUUCACUUUAUAUGCUUUUUUUGGGCAGAUGAAGAAAAUGAGAAGUCAUUUUUCUUCAUUAGGGGAUAUUGGUAUGAAUGUUUGUAGCUAAAGUGGUUGUCAUUUUUCAUGUCCCAGCUUCUUGCUGACGCAGUCGUCAUUUUCAGGACAUGGGGAUCUACUUUUAUCCUAUAAUCAAUCGGCGCUAUUUGAAUGCAUGUGGAAGCAAAAGGUAAAUAUCUGAAGUGGAAUACCGUGGAAAAUAGUUUACUCUUUACUAAUAGGAAGGUUUAUAAGCUAGAUCUGUAUUUUUCUUAUAACCUCCUCAAUUUUUUCAGAAAUUGUUCGACAUGUUGGUGGUGAUGUCAAAAGACAUGUCUUUGCUUAUGCAAUGCAUUGGGAACAGUCACCUGAUUGGUUGCCAGAUUGUCAAGGAUGAAGCUGUGAUGAUUUCCACUUUCCUUGAUAGGCAUAAUAAAUAUUUUGUCAAAUCAAAGGUUUGGUUUUUUUCCCUCUUUUUUUUGCUGUCAAAAUCCAUGAAAUAUUUCAUAAUCGUUGAUGCCUUAACAGGAGUUAUUGGAUAAAUACCUUCUUGGUAGAGAUGGAGUGACAACAUCCGUGAAAUGCAAAACUCCGUUCAUAGUUUCAAAACAAAUGGAGAUUCUUGUAAUGCAAAAUUUCCGAAUCAUUCAUUCUUUGGAAGAUGAUAUCAACAAUUUCAGCACUUCUAAGGUUUUCCAGAGAUCCAUCAGCAGCAUUGUGCUUGAUCGAUUUAAAGAGCUCAUCACCAAGGUACACAACAGUUCACUAUUCCAUUCAUUUCGGGAGUAUUACUUGAGAUGCCAUGAUUGUCUGCACGCAUGUAAAAUUCAAGUCAGACUGCAACUUGUGGCUAUUUUCAUGAUGGCAAUCGUAGGAGGGGAGGAUUUUAAUGGCUGAGUAUGCUGUCUUCUGCAUUCCGUGUAUGAGGAUGAAUUUUUUUUACCAUAGGCUAAUAAUUAUCAGCAUAAUAAUAUUCUUGUUCAUUUUUGUUACACGGAUGUAGAUUUCCAUAAAACCGUUAGAUCCUGGGAUGAUCGGUGUGCAGCAUGGUGCUUCCUGUUCUUCAUAUGGUGCAUUUGAUAUCUUAAAUUUCCAGGAGAAUUAGCAUAUUUUGCCUGCGUCACACGCAAGCAGCUGCUACACGAAAUUUGUUGCAUUCUUUUUCGUCUCCUUUUACCCUAAUCCUUUGCAGCUAUUGUCUGAAGGUCUUUGGGGACGCUAAUAGAUAUAGUAUGAUAUGACAUAUAUGGAGAGAGAGAGAGAGAUAGAGAGAGAGAGAGAGAGAGAGAGAUUUGUACUGUUGACCAUAGUAAUGGUGCUCUUAUUUGCAUCAAUUCAUGUUCAUUUUUUAUGAUCAUUUGUAUUUUAUUUUCAUUUUUUAUGGAUUGAAUUUAGCGCAAGAUGAUGAUUCCAUAGUAACUUGCAUCGAAGAUGGUUAUUUCUCCCUUAGCCUUGUGCGUAAAACAUAAAACAAGCAUGAAGAGAUUUCAAAGGAAACAAGUGAAUCAAUCGAGGUUGUAUGCUGUGCAGGGGAAGCUCAUGGAAGAAGAACUCUUCCGUGAGGUAGGUGAAAACCAGCCAACAAGUUCGUGUCAAGAGCACAACAACGUCGAUGGACAGAAUUUUCUUGAACUCGAUGCUGCAUUCACUGAAUGUUAUGUGAAAUCUACCGGGAUAAUCAAGGAUUUAAUCGAGAAACUCAGCAUGUUCAGUAAAGAGGACAGUCCUUUUGGCGAUGUCCCAGCUGAGAAGAUCACUUCGUGGGAUAUUAUAUUUAGAAAGUACGUCUCAGAGUUGCAGUUGGACCUCGUAUACGAAUCACUGAGCGAAACACUAGUGAAAGCGGUAUGCUUCUUGUAGACUUUUCUCUCCCUAAAACCAAACCCCUGUUGACCCAUCGCGUUUGCCUUAUAAUCUCCGCGUGAUUGUUUUCUGUUGUUGCUCUGUGAUCUCAGGUCGAAUUGUUGUACCGCGCUGGAAAUAAGAACGCUGGGAUUUGCGCUAGAGCAGAGGCCCAGUUGAAGCAUCUUUAUCAACUGCUGGAUCUUUUCUUGAGUUUUGCAGACGCGGUUCUUUUGGAUUUUCUAGCAGUCCACAGCGCGGUGAGUUAUUCACUUCCUUGAAGCCCUGUCCCACCGCCGGUGUUCAUUCUCGCGUGCUUCAGGCUCUGAGAAACCGGGUCGUCUCCUCUGUUGGUGCAGAUCGCUCAAGUGUCACAGACGAUUGCGCAGAUAUUUGCCUUCUUGUUUUCAGAAGGGUUUGGAGGGCUAGAUGACCCAGCAGAUGACGCUUCUGGCGCGUGUCAAGAAGCCACUGGAACUGGCAUGGGAGAGGGUGAGGGUGCCAAUGACGUCAGCAGUCAGAUAGACGACGAAGAUCAGCUCCUCGGGACAUCCGAUAAGGUAACGUGCUGUGCUACAUUUCAAUCGGAGAAAAGGAUUCGCCGCUCCUAUCUUACCUUCGUCUGUUGAUCUCGCUGCAGCAGAAUGACGGUGCCGAGAAUGCCGACAAAGCGCCGAGCAAAACUGAUAAAGGGAUUGAAAUGGAGGAGGAUUUUGCCGCCGAUACAUUCAACGUCAGUGAAGAUUCAGGCGAGGACGAGAACGGGGAGGAGGACGACGUAAAUGUUGAAUCUGUCAUGGGACAGGGCGAUGAUAGCAGUCAGGUGGUCGAUGAGAAACUUUGGGAUAACGAAGAAGACGGCGACGGCGAUAAAGCUGCUGAGAAAUACGAGUCGGGCCCAGGUGUCGACGAGAAGGAACCGAGCUCUAUGGAGCUCAGAGGUAAGGAUGCUGCUGCCACUGACAUUGACGAGUCCGGGGACUUGACCGAUGAUAUGCCCGAGAGGUUAAGCGGGGAGGAGGAGAACCCUGGCGGUUCGGAUGAUGAAUUAUCGUCAGCUAAGACAGAAAUGGAUGUGAAUGCUGCCUUUGAAGAGCCGACGGGGAUAGAGCUUGAUGAGAAGGGGAGACAGGAAGAUUCUGGCGAGGCGGACAUGGAUGAGGCGGCAGGUUCUGACACCUUGGACGAACAAGCGGAGGAGGAUGUGGAAGAUGGAGGAGACCAGAACUCUGGGGAAGAUUACAUGGAUCUGAAUGAUACCGACGAGGCAAGAAAGGAAGAAGAGAGUGAUGGAGGGGACGCAGAGAAGAACGACAGGGAUGCUGACAUUGACACGACGGCCCCCACCAGUGAAUCAGUUGACGACGGGGGGAAGACCGAACCCAAGAAUGAUCCUUGGUCGGAGAAGGACUCUGCGGAGCCCGCACAUGAUUCUUUUGCAGCCAGCCAAAGUGUAAUGGCACAGGCACAGUGGUCCAACAGCGCUGACCUUCAGGCGAGCUACGCGCCCUCUAGUAGCAUGCCUUUUGACGCUCCCAGGAAGGAGUUAUGCUUGCCAGACUCCGGCCAUGGUGAAGUCCUCUCUGUUGAUGAACCAGAGCGCAGGCCUGUUGAAGACAACCCGCCCUCUCUGCAGAGAACCGCUCCCAAUCCCUACAGGAGCCUUGGGGACGCCAUGGAGGAGUGGAAGGAGAGGGUCAAAUUCUCAGACGAUCCACAGGACCCUGAGCCCGACGUCCCCAAUCAGCAGGGAGAUGGCGUCGGGGAUGAAUACCAAUUUGUUCCCGAGAUGGAGAAGGGCAGUUCUCAAACGCUGGGUCCUGCAACUUAUGAUCAGAUCGAUCAGAAUAUUGAGAAAAAGGACAGUCUGAUCAAAGAUCAUGUCAAUGAGGGCGAUGGCACCGAUCCGAUGGAGGUCGUUGAAGAGGAUUUUUCUGAGCAUCGGUAUAUGAAAAGGCUGGAAGCCUCUGCCUCAAGAGAGCAAGAAUCGAGUGAGGAAUCGGGGAAGAAGAUGCCCAACAGAGCCGGGGGAAAUAAUGUGCUCGAAGCAGGGAUAGAGAGAGAGAGCUCGAGGGAAGAGUUGGGAGAUUUGGUCUCCUUUGAGACCUACUCCAUGGCCGAGCUGCCGCCUCAAUCUGAGGACCCUGCGGCUGAUCGGCCGGUGAGAAUGGCGGAAAUUGGCGGCACACCGGAGGGGUUGGGUCUGGAUCCUCUCUUGGACUGGAAAAGAUAUGAGCGCAAGACGAUGAGGCUCUCUCAGGAACUCUGCGAGCAGCUGCGCCUGGUAAUGGAGCCAACCCUUGCGAGCAAACUUCAGGGGGAUUACAAGACUGGAAAGCGAAUAAAUAUGAAAAAGGUGAGAUUUGCUCGACCGGAUACACCACCUGCCUGAGAAUCUUAUCCAGCGGCUUGCUUUCACUAGAACCGAUCGGAAGGCUAGGAAAAUAAGAAAAAAGAUUAUCUUUUGUUUGGCAUGCUCUCUCUAAUGAUCCAUUGUUGCCACUCUUCUGAAUACAUUGGGCUGAAUGUCCCUGUUUUCCCUCUGUUUUGUUUCUCAUUAUUUUCUUGAAAUCUCCAGGUUAUUCCGUACAUAGCCAGCCAUUUCCGUAAGGACAAGAUAUGGCUCAGACGGACAAAGCCAAAUAAGAGGGAUUAUCAGGUGGUCGUUGCAGUCGACGACUCGCGAAGCAUGUCCGAGAGCCACUGUGGGGGCGUCGCGAUCGAGGCACUGGUCACCAUCUGCCGCGCCAUGUCACAGCUUGAGGUCGGCCAAUUCGCCGUCGCAUCUUUCGGUGAGAAGGGGAAUACCCGGCUGCUUCACGACUUUGACCAGCCUUUCACAGUGGAAACCGGAGCCAAGGUGCCCGUCUCUUCUCUCUCUCUCUCUCUCUCUCUCUCUCUCUCUCUCUUGGAUGGUCUUGUUCGAGUCUCCAUUUGAUAUCAAAUCAGUUUAAGCAAUUACUCACAAGACUGAUGUUCCAUUCUGGAGAAUGAUCCUUCAAUUUUUCCCUGAAGCUGGCUCUCGCCGGUGUUCUUUUCCUGGAAGCUGAUUACUUUUUCGCUCGACUCAUUUUGAUGAAACAGAUAAUCUCUAGCCUGUCGUUCAAGCAAGACAACACGGUGAGGGACGAGCCGGUCGUUGACCUCCUCAAGUAUCUAGACGGCGUGCUUGACACUGCCGUCGCGAGGGCAAGACUGCCCUCCGGAGCCAACCCCCUCAACCAACUUAUCCUGAUCAUAGCCGACGGCCGUUUCCAGGACAAGGUAUGUCCACCUCUCCUUCACCGGAAAAAAAAAAACUACUACGAAUGCCCUGAAUCUAACGCAUGCAUCAUCACCAUCAUCAUCAUGUCCCCACGAACUCCCUGCCCAAGUGAAAAAAAACAAAAAAAAAUCUGAGGCCUCAUGGUGUUUCUUGCUGCGUCUGUUGGCAGGAGAAUCUGAGGCGUCGCGUCAGGGAUAUCCUGAACAAGAGGAGGAUGAUCGCGUUCGUACUCCUGGACAACCCCGAAGAAUCCAUCAUGGAUAUCCCGGUACGUUCGAUCAUCGUCAUGUCAUGCCUGCUCCCUGAAUGCCGUUGACUAUUUGCUUCUCUCUCUCUGAUGGGGAAUGGAUGUGGGUUUUAUUCAGGAGUACUCCUUUGUCGGUGGGAAGUUCUCUUGCACCAAGUACAUGGACUCCUUCCCCUUCCCGUAUUACGUCGUCCUCAGGCACAUCGAAGCUCUCCCCAGAACCGUCUCCGACUUGCUGCGUCAGGUUGGUUAGCUUAUCCAUGGCUUCCUUCUCAUGCCGUUCUUGCUCUGCUUCAAAAAGGCUGUUUCUCCAAGAAAACGGGAGAAGCAGAGGCAAAAAGGAGCGAUCUUGCGGCCUGUUUUUCUAUUAAUUUGGUGCGCAGAAUGAUGGGUCCUGAUUGCUUUCUUUCGGGUGAAUUGCGUUCUCAGUGGUUCCAGCUCAUGCUCAGCUCGGGGGAGUGA